AACCCUCUCCCCGACACGAUUAAAUGGACGAAGGAUCGAUUGAUUUCCUCCUCUUUUAAUUCACUCUUCUUCCCCUACUUUUUCUUUUUGGCUCUUCCGCCAUUUCUCGCCUUCGAGGGAAGGAAAGAUUUCUGUAAGGGAAAGGAGGGAAAGGGAGGGCCUUGGAACCGGGAGGCGACCAAGAAAUCUAGGGUUAGGGUUUUUUUCGCGUCCCGUGGCGUCCCGCGGGCUGCAGAGGAGAGGAAGAUGAGCGCAAACGCGUUGCCGGCGCCCACCCGCCAUGGGAACCUCGACGAGCAGAUCGAGCAGCUCAUGCAGUGCAAGCCGCUCUCCGAGCAGGAGGUUAGGGUUUUGUGUGAGAAGGCCAAAGAGGUAUUGAUGGAAGAAAGCAAUGUUCAGCCCGUGAAGAGUCCUGUGACGAUAUGUGGUGACAUUCAUGGGCAAUUUCAUGAUCUUGCAGAACUGUUUCGAAUUGGAGGGAAGUGUCCAGAUACAAAUUACUUAUUUAUGGGCGAUUAUGUAGAUCGUGGAUACUAUUCUGUUGAAACUGUUACGCUUUUGGUGGCCCUCAAGGUACGAUAUCCUCAGCGAAUCACUAUUCUUAGAGGAAAUCAUGAGAGUCGUCAGAUUACACAAGUUUAUGGAUUUUAUGAUGAAUGCUUAAGAAAAUAUGGUAAUGCAAAUGUAUGGAAGAUCUUUACAGAUUUGUUUGAUUACUUCCCCUUGACAGCACUGGUUGAAUCGGAAAUAUUUUGCCUUCAUGGUGGAUUGUCUCCAUCUAUUGAAACUCUUGAUAACAUCCGUAACUUUGAUCGUGUUCAAGAGGUUCCACAUGAGGGGCCUAUGUGUGACCUUUUAUGGUCUGAUCCUGAUGACAGAUGUGGUUGGGGUAUUUCUCCUCGGGGUGCAGGAUAUACCUUUGGCCAAGAUAUAUCAGAGCAGUUCAACCAUACCAAUAACCUUAAGCUGAUAGCCAGAGCACAUCAAUUAGUCAUGGAAGGAUACAACUGGGGACAUGACCAAAAGGUAGUUACUAUAUUUAGUGCUCCAAAUUAUUGCUACCGGUGUGGGAAUAUGGCCUCCAUCUUGGAAGUUGAUGACUGCAAGGGGCAUACUUUCAUCCAGUUUGAGCCAGCCCCCAGAAGAGGAGAGCCGGAUGUGACUCGCAGAACUCCCGAUUACUUUCUGUGAGUCAGCGAAUGUGAGGGCUAGGUUCAUGACUUUUUCACAGCAAGUGCUUCUCGCCAAAAGUGGGGCUGUGGUUGUGGACAUUUCCAAUCCUAGGAUCAGUUUUUACUCCAAGCUGCCUGAGUUCCGUUGGUUUGGAAGGAAUAGAUGUAUAAUGAUGUUGAAAGCUGUACGUCUCACGUCAUUCAACUGUAACAGGGUUUGUUGGAGGCGGUGAGGCCUAUGGUUCAGCUUCGGCAGCAGCGUGUAUCGUUUCUGAUGGACUGUCUUUCCUUUUGUCCUUUUUUUUUUCUGGUUAUUCUUUCGUUUGCUUUUUCUCUGCUUAUGGAGGAGAGGGAAUUUACGCCCAAGUGUUGUUUUUAGGGAAUGGAUAGAUUCAGUUGGAUCUUUCUCGAUUUGUUCAACUUAAGACUUCUCUAUAUUAGUGUUUGGAUCUUUCUCGAUUUGU